CUCACCUUCCAACUAACCUGUUUCAAUUUGUAUUGGGAGCCUUGCCGUGCCGGAAUAUUCCCCUCCGGCAGCCUCCCUGGCUUCCUCCCCGCGCCGCCCCGCCAACCAAACCCAACGGUGGCACCACCUCUUCCUUCCUCCUCCUUUCCUUCCGCGACAGGAGACCCCCUCGCCCCCGAAUUAAUUGCAGCUGAAGGAACCCAAGGCGGCAUCCAUCGAUGAUGAUGCUCACCAAGGAGUUCGCCCUAUCGCCGCCGCCAGGUGUCGUGCCGCGCCGGAGGCCGUCGGCGAGGGUCGCACCCACCGCCGCUCGAGGGGGUUCGCCGGUGCCCGACCUAUGGCUGCGGACCGCCGCCCCCGUCCCCGCUUCCGCCGCCGCCGGCUUCGCCAGCAGCCACAGCCACGACGGCGACUGCGACCUGGCCAUGCUCGUCACCGACUUCCUCGAGAACGGGGCCACCGCCGGUUCCGGAGACUCCCGCAAUAGCAGCGACAGUGAAUCCGGUCUCCCUGACCUCGCCCACCUCGCGGACACGAUCUCGAUGUUGAAGCAGGGUGGAGACGAGAAAGAAAACGAGCUGCUCGCCAUGGUCCACUCGCUACUCCUCUCUAUCCAUGAGCCGCAGCUUCAGCCUUUCAAAACAGGCCAAUGUGGAGGCAGCUGCAUCCGCCAUUUGCUUGUCAAGCUCUUGAGAUACUCGGGAAACGACGCAGCAGUUUGCACAUCCAAAUGGCAGGGGUUUGACAAGAUACCUGGAGGUGACUACGAGUACAUUGAUGUCAUAAUGCACGGUGAUACUACAGCUCCAGAGCGUCUAAUCGUUGAUAUCGACUUCAGAAGCCACUUUGAAAUUGCCAGGGCAGUUGAUUCUUAUGGCACCCUGUUGAAUUCGCUCCCAGUGGUCUUUGUUGGCACCCUUCCGCGACUGAAGCAGUUCCUGCAUGUGAUGGUAGAUGCUGCAAAAUGGUCCCUGAAGCAAAACUCAAUGCCCCUUCCUCCCUGGAGAUCCUUGCCUUACCUCCAAGCGAAAUGGCAGUCCAAGUAUGAGAGGAAAGAUUCCAUUACCGAGGGAGGCUUCCAGAGCACAUCUUCUGAUCACGCGCUGUGCAUUGGGCACCUGAAGAGGCUGAAAACGUCCCUGCAGUUAGAGCUUGAGACCGCAGGAUUACUGAUGAUGCCAAUCAAGGCCAACAAGAAGAGGAUGCCAAAGUCAUCUGAGAGGCGGAGGCGGCGUUCCCUUCUCAGCUGUUGAUUUAUGUUCCUUGGACACAUAAGAAUACUAUAAAGGAGAAGGAACAACAGCUUGCUGCUGGCUAUUUUUGUUUCCUCAGAAAAUGGAGAAAUGAGAGGCUUUUUUCAUCCGUCCAAUACAUAAUGGUGGAGACUCUUCUUACAGGUUUGGAGUUUACAGAUUAGGUAAAACAGAAGGUGGAUACUAACAGGCCAUGUUAGUGCCAGUUUUUUUUUUUCCUUUUCCCUUUUUGAAGGCACAUAAGAAAAGGACGAAGAAAAUAGUUUUUUUUGUUUGUUUUAGUUUUUGCUUCUUUCCGGCAGAGAUGGAUAUGCUAGUGGUGAAUCUGCUGCACUGCAUAUGCCACGUACAAGUGAGAGUUAGUAUUACAAAA